CUAUUUCGAACUCAAACAAAAGGCGGGUUGUUAUUGGUUCGUUCAAAAACAGCGGCAUUUGUGAAGAAAAUCGAUGAGAAUAAGACAAUAAAUUAAUAGAGAUUCAAUUGCAAUGGAGGACUACAUAAAGAUAGAGAAAAUUGGAGAGGGUACUUAUGGUGUAGUAUACAAAGGAAAAAACAAAAAGACAGGUAGAUUGGUGGCCUUGAAGAAAAUCAGAUUGGAAUCAGAAGAGGAGGGGGUACCUUCCACUGCUAUCAGAGAGAUCUCCCUACUGAAGGAGUUACAGCAUCCUAACAUUGUGUGCUUAGAGGAUGUUCUAAUGCAGGAAAAUAAGCUCUACCUCGUGUUUGAAUUUUUAUCUAUGGAUCUGAAACGUUAUAUGGACACCAUUCCCAAUGGACAGUUUAUGGACAAAAUGCUGGUUAAGAGUUAUUUGUACCAGAUCCUUCAGUCGAUCCUCUUCUGUCAUCAGAGGAGAGUCCUUCAUCGUGAUCUUAAACCCCAGAACUUACUGAUUGAUAACAAAGGGGUCAUUAAAUUAGCCGACUUUGGUUUGGCCAGAGCUUUUGGAAUCCCAGUCCGUGUUUACACUCAUGAGGUUGUGACGCUGUGGUACAGAGCCCCCGAGAUCCUCCUCGGCAGUCAGAGGUAUUCCACCCCUGUAGAUAUCUGGAGUGUGGGCUGCAUUUUUGCUGAAAUGAUGACAAAACGACCCUUAUUCCACGGGGAUUCAGAAAUCGAUCAACUUUUCAGGAUAUUCAGGACAUUGACCACACCAACAGAUGAUGUCUGGCCUGGAGUGACCUCAUUACCGGACUACAAACCUACCUUCCCUAACUGGAAAACUAAUCAGCUGGCCAGUGCUGUCCAGAGGUUAGACAAUACAGGACUCGAUAUUCUCCAGCAAAUGUUGAUUUAUGACCCAGCUAGUAGGAUAUCAGCAAAAAAAGCCCUGAAUCAUGUAUACUUUGCCAACCUGGACAAGUCUGCCUUACCAGCAUCUACCAUCACCAACUGAUCAUCCUGACACGACACACAAACACACAGACAUCAGAC